AUAGGUCGGGACGUGGAUUCAAACCAGGAAGGCUGUCCGCGAUUGGCUACGAACCGUCCUGUCGCUCGGGCCUGACGGGUGGGGGGGUUAUUGUGUGUGUGAGGCUGAGAGUGCGCGGUACCGGCGGCAGUGAGGAACGUAGACACGGGGUAACUUCAUCCGGACCUUCUCACGGCGAAGCUCGGAGUUCCGGAUCAUGGCUGGUGGUAAGGCUGGGAAGGAUAGUGGGAAGGCCAAGGCCAAAGCUGUAUCUCGCUCCCAAAGAGCAGGACUGCAGUUCCCUGUGGGUCGUAUCCAUAGACACUUGAAGACUCGCACUACCAGCCACGGAAGAGUUGGUGCUACCGCAGCAGUGUACAGUGCUGCCAUUUUGGAAUACCUUACUGCUGAGGUAUUGGAGUUGGCAGGAAACGCCUCUAAAGAUCUAAAGGUGAAGCGUAUCACUCCUCGUCACUUGCAGCUAGCCAUCAGGGGGGAUGAAGAAUUAGACUCCCUUAUCAAGGCCACCAUUGCAGGAGGAGGUGUCAUUCCUCACAUCCACAAGUCUCUGAUCGGAAAGAAGGGACAGCAGAAAACUGCAUAAGGAAUCGGGUCCUGCUGCCAUCUACCAUUGUACUGUAACUGGGACAGAGGAAAGAGGAUGGGGUUAUGUGAAAUCUGUUUUGUUUUUAUUUUCGUUUAAAAAGAUUUCAUUUUCUAAAAGAACUAGUUCAUGGAAUAGACAGCAGAGAGUGUAGACUUAAGAGGAAACCUGUGUAUGUUGUUUAGGUUCAAAAGUUUCAGAGAAAAAGAAAAACAAAAAAAAAAAGUUCCUGGAGUCUUGUAAAUGAAAUCUGUGUGUUGAUUGGCUAGGUUUCUCCCGUGUGUUUUAUACAAAAAUGGAACAGAUAAACCAUUUUUUACAUAA